AUGUGCCGUUACGGCCAUCCAUCCAUCUUAUUGAUGACCUUGAUGGAUUGGGCUGGCUGGCUGCAAGACUUGUCUCUCGAUUCGAGGGCCUUGAUGGCACCCAGCAUUGUCCCGCCCUGUCUUGCCCGCCCAUCCAGCUGCUCCCCUCCAGAUGCACUGCUCCCCUCCAGAUGCACUGCUCCCCUCCAGACGAGCCCCCCCCCCAAUGAACCCCCGUCUCUCACCAUAACCAAUUCUAACCAAUCGCCCCCAGUCUGUGUUCUCCGCGGUGACGCCAAGGUUGGCGGCACCGUCACCUUCGAGCAGGAGUCCGAGUCGGCGCCCACCACCAUCACCUAUGACCUGACCGGCAACGACCCCAACGCCGAGCGCGGCUUCCACAUCCACACCUUUGGCGACAACACCAACGGCUGCACCUCGGCCGGCCCGCACUUCAACCCGCACGGCAAGACGCAUGGUGCGCCCACUGACGCCGCCCGUCACGUGGGUGACCUCGGCAACGUCAAGACGGACGCCCAGGGCAACGCGAAGGGUUCCAUCCAGGACUCUCAGGUCAAGCUGAUUGGCCCUCACAGCGUCAUUGGCCGCACUGUCGUUGUCCACGCUGGCACUGACGACCUCGGCAAGGGCGGCAACGAAGAGUCCCUCAAAACUGGCAACGCUGGUCCCCGUCCCGCUUGCGGUGUCAUUGGUGUGUCCAACUAA